GUCUCCUGAAGGAAAAGGAGCGCAAGGCAACUCUGCCCUCAGCCCCCGUCCCGGGACCCGGCCUGGAAACGGCGGGCCCAGCCGAUGCCCCGAGUGGGGCCGUUAGUGGCGGUGGGUCCCCUCGGGGGCGCUCAGGGCCUGUGGCUGGCCCGAGUCUUUUUGCGCCGCUGCUGUGGGAACGCACUUUGCCUUUCGGGGACGUGGAAUACGUGGACCUGGACGCCUUCUUGCUGGAGCACGGGCUACCGCCGAGCCCGCCGCCCCCCGGGGGCCUGUCGCCGGCACCCUCUCCAGCGCGCACUCCCGCGCCCUCCCCCGGGCCCGGCUCUUGCAGCUCCUCUUCCCCCCGCUCCUCGCCCGGGCACGCCCCCGCGCGGGCCACUCUGGGAGCCGCCGGCGGCCACCGCGCAGGUGCGGCGAAGGGGCGGGGCUGUCGGGCAGGGCGGGGCCUCGCGACACUUUUGGAAGUCUGCCCAAUGAGAUGCUGCGAUCCUUUAGGGGACUUGGGUCCCCAAAUGCGAAAGGAUUAUUCACUGAGAGGCAGUAUUCUUCUCUAAGACAAGUUUCCUCAUGUUCUUGGAGCCAAGACUAGAAACUUAGAACACCUUAGUUAACUGGAGAGUACUAUCUCCAGAGUCUGGGUCCAGAAUUUUGGGAAACGAGAUGGGACUGGACUUCAAGGACACCAAAAAUGGGAGCGAGCAGGCCAGAGCGGGGUACUACGUUCCCGGAUCCUACACACGCACACACCCCAUUCCCCAAGUGGAUGGUGUUGCAUCCUGCCUCCCAGUCUUGCAGAAGAGAAUAUCGGGAUCCCUCUUCUGGCUUCUACAGAGGAGCUUUCCCAUGUCCCUGUGUUGGGGACCUAGGAUCUCAGAACUGUGGGAAUCUGGAUGGCAAAGAGCUUGGCAGGCCGGUUCUCCCACGAUCCUCCCCCAUAGCGCGGGAUGGGUGGGUAGAAUCAUUGUAGAUGUUGGAGCUGAGACCAAAAGGAACAAGAAGGGAGGCGACCCCAAUCAAGACAAGGAGUCUCGAUGUGGGACGCCUGGGUACACCUGUCCCUGAUCCGACCUCCAGGCAAAAACCAGUGCUGCACAUUCCCUCGCCACGCUUGACAUCUAGGGACACACCCAGUCCUGUGGACCCAGACACCGUGGAGGUGCUAAUGACCUUUGAACCUGAUCCCGCUGAUCUCGCCCUGUCAAGCAUUCCAGGCCAUGAGACUUUUGACCCUCGGAGACACCGCUUCUCAGAGGAGGAACUGAAGCCUCAACCAAUCAUGAAGAAGGCAAGGAAAGUCCAGGUGCCUGAGGAACAGAAGGAUGAGAAGUACUGGAGCCGGAGGUACAAGAACAAUGAAGCAGCCAAGAGGUCGAGAGAUGCAAGAAGACUCAAGGAGAACCAGAUAUCUGUGCGGGCUGCCUUCCUGGAGAAGGAAAACGCCCUGUUGCGGCAGGAGGUGGUGGCUGUGCGGCAGGAGCUGUCCCACUACCGUGCUGUGCUUUCACGCUACCAGGCCCAGCAUGGGACACUGUGAGGCCACCUCCACCCUGCCAGGGCAGAGUCCUGUUCCUUGCUCAGACUUACACCUGACUUCCUCCUUGUCCCAUGGCCAGUGGUCUGGCCAGCUAGGUGCCCGAAGAACGUCAUGAUGCAGACAAAUACAUUUAUAUUUUUAAGAAAAAGCUAGCCUUCCCCCACCUCCCUUGUGGGGGUGGGGAGGGUCCUGUGUGUGCUCUUAGCAUGUUGGGGAACCCAUCCAUCCAACCGCCUCCAUCAACACAAUCCUGAAUAAAUCUUGAGAACCCGGGA